AUGCCUCCAUCAAUACCCAAGAAAGCCCAGACCGAGGGCUCAGCCACCUUCGACCCUGACGCCUUCUUCGAAAGCUGGAGCAAAGAAGAAGCCCAACCCUUCCUCUACCAGAACGACUUCCGAAAGUUCAUCAUCAAAGGCUUCGGCCUUGGCCUGCGAGAUGACUACCCGUACAAAGCCACCGCAGAAGUGACGCUCCUUCAGGCGCAGACGUAUAUCGAGUUUGGCGGCCAGAAUGGUCUCCAUGCGUGGUACCGUGAUGCGGAAGGUCAAGCAAGGCCCUCCCCGACCGCUAGUGAUAUAGCCGCAUACACCGACAUCUUCCGUCCCACGACGAGUACCACCAAGGCUCUCAAGGCUCUCGAGUCCAAUGCGAAAAAGGACUCUGUCCGCAUGGAUGCAGCGAAACAUCUCCUCUCCCUCUACUCUCCACCCUCCGAGAGCUCGAAGCUGGUCGUGAACAAGUCGAAGACACACAUCAACCCCUACCUCGAAGUCUGGGCCUGGUCCAACCAGAAUCUGGAAUGGGGCGGUCCAGAGGAGAGGACGAAAGAUGUGAAGAUCUCCCACGCCGUCCUGCCGAUUCUAUAUCAUCACUUUGGAUGUGUGUGUCCCUCGUAUGAAGCAUUAUCGUACAUUCAGCAGGUAGCGAAGGGGCGAAGGGUGCUAGAUCUGGGCAGUGGCAAUGGAUACUGGACGUACGUGUUGAGGAGGGUUGAGAGUAAUUCGAAGAAGGCAGUGAAAGUGUUGCCGAUUGAUAAUGGUCAGAGUGAGUGGAGAACGAUGUGGGUGGGAGAUACUGUGGAGGUCGACGGGGAGAAGUGGUUGAAGCAGAAUGGAGGCGGGAAGGAGGAUGUGUUGCUCUUAGUCUAUCCUGUGGUGGGGCAGGAGUUCACAAGUAAGAUGUUGAGGGCUUAUGCUGGCACCACGAUCAUUGCGGCUGGAACGCAGAACGUCAAUGGUUUCACAGCUUUUGCCAAAGAGACGAUUGCGGAUUGGAUGGCGAGAGAGAUGUCCUCGUGGGAGAAAGUGUUGCAGAUUCCAUUGCCCAGCUUCGCUGGUAAGGACGAGGCGCUCUUCAUUUUCGAGAAGAGGCCAGAUGCUACAGCUUCGUAA